ACCUGUCCGGCGGAAGUUGUGCUCACGGCCUCGUCACAAAAGAAAUGGCGAGCGGUAUCGGCAAACACAAGAUACUGAAUGUGGGACCAACGGAGCCCUGGUCCGUCAGGGAGAAACUGUGCCUGGCCUCCUCUGUUAUGAGGAGUGGCGACCAAAACUGGGUGUCUGUAAGUAGAGCCAUCAAGCCUUUCUCAGAGCCUGGCCGUCCACCUGACUGGUUCUCACAGAAGCACUGUGCCUCACAAUACUCCGAGCUGCUGGAGGCCACAGAAGCACCCAAGCGUAAGCGUGGUGAGAAGGGCGAGGUGGUCGAAACCAUUGAAGAUGUCAUCGUGCGUCGGCUAACCACAGAGAGGAUAGAGGAACUGAAAAAACUACUGCGAGACACACAAGAGCAGUACAGGAAGUUGAAGAAGGUGGAUCUGAUACAGACGGGUCACAUGGACUCCCAGCUGAAGGAGCUGUGGGCGGAGAUCACACUAAAGAAGAAGCAGGCUGAGGAGGAGGCGGAGCAGAAGAGGAAAGCCACAGAAACAGCGUACCAAGCUCGUCAGGCGAUGAAAAACACACCCAAGCGUCUGCCCAGCGUAACUGUGCGUUCUCCUCUGGGUGCCAGCUCCCCCACCGUGGACUCUCUGGCUGACUCUUUGGUCCCCACGACACCCAUGGAUACAGGAGGUGUUGCCUCCGAUGACACCACCACCACUACCACCACCACCACCACCACCACCACCACCCACUCAGUUGCCCAGGGGGUCGGAGUGUUCCUACCAGUGUCGGAUGCUCCGGGCCCGGGGCCCAAAGACGGAGGCCUGGCCGCUCAAGUAGAUGAUUCGCCACAGAAGAGGCUCUUGACCCAGAAGGCCACGCCGCCGCCCUCCCCUCUCCUGUCAGAACUGCUGAAAAAGGGCAACCUCAUCUCGGCCAGCCCCCGCCUGGUUGGGGAGGGAGACUCUGCUGGAAGCCUCACCAAUGGAGUUCAGACAGCCACUGCCUUACCACCUGGUCAUGCGGUCAUCACAGACGGUGAAGCGGAAGCUGUAGUGAAGGCAGAGCUCGGUGAGGAGACCGGGUUGGUAGAAGAGGACCUCGUAGCGGUGUCUUACAUGGGAGACGAGUUGGACCUGGAGACAGUGGGAGGCAUCAUUGCCAUCAUAGAGGAGAAGGUCGACGACUCUGUUGAGGCCUUGGAUGCGGCGGCAGUGGAAGCAGCUCUCUCCCUGUGUGAAGAGGCCGUCUCAGAAGGACACACCCUCCCCGGCCCCUGGGAGACCCAGGAGCUGAAGGCUUCGGACCCAGCGCCCGCCGCCCAAGACUCCGAUCCCACUCAGGAGCCUCAGGAUGUGGUCGCAAUGUCAGCCCUGAUUCCUGCCGGCAUAGAGACCCAGAAUCAACCAGAAAUCAAAAGAGAACAGCAGCUCAAGGGAAACUGUGACGGACCUGAGGUAACGGGAAGUGAUGUCACCUCUUCUGUCACCUUUGACGACGGUGAAACGGGAAGCGAGGUUGCGGAGGAGGGGGCGGCAGGGAAGGAGGCCCCUGAGGCGACGGUCAAGAGCGAAGGAGAGGAAUGGAGCCAGCCAGAGCCCAACCCGCCAUGCCUGGACUCCGAGGACAGCUCUGUGUCCGGGAGAGAGUCCAAGGAGGUGAAGGAGGAGGAGGCGGGGAGUGAGGGCUACCCAGAAGAAGGGAUGGAGCUGAAGGAGGAGUGCGGGGAGGGGGAGGGGCCCUAUCUGUCGGAGGUGGAGCGGGCAGCCAGCGAGAGUGAAGAUGGUUACGGCCCGCCCUCGCAGCACUACACAGCGGACUCGCUGGCCAGCAGCCCGGCCUCGUCUUCCCAGCUAUCUACAUGCGGUGAGGACCAGGAGGCAGUGCAGGCCCAGAAGAUCUGGAAGAAAGCCAUUAUGCUGGUGUGGAGAGCCGCAGCCAACCACAGGUAUGCCAGCGUCUUCCUGCAGCCCGUGUCAGAUGACAUCGCGCCUGGUUACCAUAGCAUCGUACACAGGCCCAUGGACCUGUCGGCCAUCAAGAAGAACAUUGAGUCGGGCGUGAUCCGGACCACGGCCGAGUUCCAGCGCGACAUCAUGCUGAUGUUCCAGAACGCCGUCAUGUACAACUCGUCGGACCACGAUGUGUACCACAUGGCGCUGGAGAUGCAGCGCGACGUCCUGGAGCACGUCCAGCAGUUCCUCGCCACCCAGCUCAUCAUGCAGACCUCGGAGAGCGCCAUCUCCGCCAAGAGCCUCCGCGGCCGGGAGGGAAACCGUAAGCCAGGAGAGCCGGCUGAGAAGGACAGUGUCCCAAUGGCCUCUCCUGCUUUCCUUCUCUCUCUCUUUGUAAGUAUUCAGGUUCUCCCUCAGAUUUCACCAGAACCAGGCCACGCUACGCACACGCCUGUCUCAAAGCAAACACACACACACACACACACACGUAACACACUCUGUACACAUCUGCUUCUACCUCUCAUCUCUUUUCUUUCUCUUAUUCAGUUCGUUAGUGGCAUUAAAGGAAGCAAAAUAAAACUAGAAAGGUAUUAUUAAAACUGACCACUCUUAUCGGUGUUAAUCAGUAAUAUUCUAACUGUAGAUAUUCAACAGUUCCCAUUUAAACAUUUUUGGUAAUGUUACCACGGUUCUAAAAACUAGUAGUUAAUUUAAAAUGAUAACAUGAAAAUGAACAACAGCUCACUUUAAGGUACACAAUCAUUGUAUUUCCUUUCCAGGUGCAUUAAACAAAUCCUUAUGAGUCGGGCACGCUGGUAUUAGCAGAUGUAUCUGUAUCAGUGUAUAUGACGAGCAGUAAGUUGCAGUAUAGAAAUGCCAAACUAGGUCUGAGCUUAUUUACAAACAGGGUUGUUUUUAACGUAGUUUUCUUACCAGGAAGCACUGACUAGUUUAUAUUUCAGCUGCACAUCGUGAGUGUGUGUGUUACCGUUGUGUGUUUCUGUUAAAAUACAUAUUUACCAUGAGAUCUGAAACACUUCCCUAAAAGUAUCAAGUGGAGGCAAUUUCUCUUUAUAGUGUACUCAUGUGAUUUAAAGCCUCGGUAAGGCUGAAGAUGAACGACUAAAUAAGAAACAGAGUUAAUAGAACCAUCCAUAAUGUUGUUGAUGAAGAGUUUUAACACUGAUAACUCUGAUCUGCUUCGUCAGCACUGUGCGCUUUGAUCAGAUUUGACAGAUGAGCGACAACCUCACAAUCUCAAAUGUUUUCCUGGAUCCUGAUUGGUGCACAGCAGGCUCAGUAGUCUUUGUUACACUGUGUCCGGGCGUGUCUUUUACAGAUACGGAGCGUCAUCGACCAAUACCUUUCCUCGAAAAGUCUCAGUUGUAAUCAGUAACACCGGUGUUUAUUGACCCGUGGGAAAUUUCCUCACCAAGGCACCCCCCAGUGCACCCAAGUAAGUGACAUCACUUUUUCCCGACUGAGCCACGAUCACCUCAAACCAGAGAGAAAAAUAUCCACGAACACAGAAUCCUUUCAUGUGAACUGAAGAUGUCGUAACUCUGCAGGACUUCAUCCCUCAAAGUGAAAGCAGGUUUUUAUGGCCUUUACGAAAGACAAUGGUAUUCAUUGUUAGACUUAGCUUUGGAUUUCCUUUCGGUCAAACACGAUACAACUUCUUUGACUUGAGACGUGUCCGACUUUGGACUGUUUCUCUAACACUUCUUUGUUUUUCCUCUUUGUUGAGCGUAGUUGUCCAGUUAGUCAGGUUGUGAUGGGAAGGUGAGAAAGACUAAACUUUAAGUAGUUCUACAGAAGAAAAGACCAAACAAACAGACCAUCGGUGCUCAGCCUCACUGGGCUGUAUAGAUGUGUGGUAUCGAUAACUAAAAGGCCUCUUUGUCUCUCUCUUCCUCUCUCUCACGGUUUCACACACAGCUCUGAACACACUGUCCUUGUCACCCUCAUAAACUUUAAGUUCUGUUUUGACACAAUGUCCUCAACGCGCGCGCACACACACACACACACACACACACAGGCUCCCGUAACCUUUCAUCACCCAAGCUUCCGUCGACCUUCGGUUAAUGAGUCCAUGCUGGUUUCCUGUGUUUUUCUGUUUACGUGUGAUUGUCCGUGUCUUUGCAUGUUCUAAUUUAUUUUCUCCUCCUUUUAUUUUGAAAUCUUCCUUCUUUUUUUUUUUUGGUCAUCAUGUUAUUUGUUUUUUCUGUUCUUCAUUUGGAGAGGAAGCCUUCCGAGGUGGACUUUGCUGUUUAUUUAUUUUUUUGUGCGGAGCUGAAGCGCGUGAGGAGGCCUGACGCUGGGCCUCCCUUCACUCUGUCCACCUGACCGUUGACCUUUGCAUCCUUAUGUGAAUUUUCUUUUCCCCGUCUCUCUCUUUCUUCCCCUCCCCCCCCCUCGUU